UAGAUCUCCAGGAAGUAAAUACAACGGGGCACUGCAUUUCUGUUGCACCAUGGGGGUUCAUGGCCUUACAAGUUAUGUUGAAGGAAAUCAUCAGUUCUUCACUGAUAUGAGAUUUAGAGACUGCCGCUUGGUGAUUGAUGGGUGUAGCUUGUAUUUUCGAUUGUAUUUUAACUCUGGAUUGGAUCAAGCAAGGGGUGGAGAUUAUGACACAUUUGCAGUGUUGGUGCGACAGUUUUUUGCAGCUCUUUCAGAAUGCAACGUGAAGCCAUUUGUCGUGUUAGAUGGUGGAAUGGACCAGACGGACAAAAAGUUUAAGACGCUGCAGGAACGAACCCAAAGCAAGAUCCAAGAGGCUCAUUCUCUUUCCCGAGGGUCUCAUGGUUCGGUUCUUCCUCUGCUUACACGUGAAGUCUUCCUACAGGUCCUCUCCGAGCUUGGCGUGGCCUUUGUGCAGUGUAUUUCUGAAGCUGAUUUUGAGAUCGCUUCUCUUGCCAAACAUUGGGGAUGUCCGGUUUUGACCAAUGACAGUGACUUCUACAUCUUUGACUUGCGUGGUGGCUACUUACCAUUUUCAUUUUUCCAGUGGAAUAACAUCAGUGGUAAGGCCCCUGAACGCUACAUUCCUGCUUUGCUUUUCACCGUGAACCACUUCUGCUCUCAUUUCAACCAUAUGAACAAGCAGCUUCUGCCUCUGUUUGCUGUCGUGACUGGCAACGACUACACUCCUGCUAAAAUAACAGAGAGAUUUUUCCGCCGUGUGGAGCUUGAAAGAGUACCAGUGGGCCGAAAGUCUGGACGUAGAUGCAGUCCUCGAAUUGAGAGCUUUCUGCUCUGGCUAGCUCAGUUUACCAGUCCUGUAGAUGCUUUGGAGGAAGUACUGGAGAUUUUGGGUGGACAGCAGAAAGAAAACUUUCAUACUCAGCUCUCUGCAGGAAUACAGGACUACCAGAUCCCUCGUACUAGCAUUCUGCCUCAAUACUUCUCAAGUGCCCAACCUGCACUACCAAAUACCCAAGGCCUCCCAGCAGCACUGAUUUCUCAACCAGAGUGGCUUUUAAGGGCAUUCGCAUCUGGAAAGCUGCCCUCCUUGGUCUUGAAUGUGCUUGUGCUCCAGAAAGUUUUGCUGGUCCCCCAAGUGGAGAAUACUCACCAGCCCAGCAGUCAUAUAACCUCGCUGAGUAUCCGAAAGACCAUCUACAGCCUUUUGCUUUUCGAAAAGGCAAGACAGGAUAGUCAAAGACAACAGAAUGUUACCCAGAGAGGAAGGGGAAGAGAAGAUCUAAACAGGCAAUCUCAGGGUAUUGGAGGACAACAGUGUGACAACCUAUGUGUUGUUGAUGAGUAUGACAGACAAGACCUCAAUCUCAAGAAGAACAGAGUGGAGGCUAAACUACCCAACUCUGUGCAAGAGCUGAAUCUUGCUACAAUUGACAAGGCACCUGCACAGGUGAGACUGCAGGUGUUGUUGGGAACACUGGGUAUGAUGGACCACCUAUUGGAGCCAUUACCUCCCCACCUUCGCCUACCAGUGUGUGUGACAUAUUUUUGGAAGAAUAACUCUAAACCAAAGCCCUGUCACCCACGACUGCAGGCCAUGUUGUUAGGACUGGUAUACGGCGAACUCAGCUGGAGAACAACAUAUCCUGAUGACCCCCUGUAUUGCAGCAAAGCUGCUGCAUCUGUCUGUCAGCGAUUAUCUCUGCUGAGGGUCAACCCUGGACAAAAGACGGGCCUUGAACUGGGUGUGGCCCAUUUAUUCAGCCAAUGGCAGUCAUGUAUGUUGGCAGGGAUUUACCUGAACCAAUUACUGUGUUUCCCACUACCUGAGCCUCGAUAUGCCUGGGUAUUCAGUGGUACUCUGUUGCACGGGCUUGAGGCAGCAAUAAGAGGGGGUCACCAGCCUGCGUCUCUGCUCGCAGAGGACACUGGUGCUUUGCAACUCUACUCCAUCCUCUUGAUGGCAUUAACAGGCUCUGCACUAUCAGCAACACCAAGAAUGAGUAGAGGAGGGCGGCGGAUAAAAGCACAGCAAAGAGGAAGGGGCAAUGCAGGGAGGGGACCCGGCAAUGAAGGUAGAGGGAGGGCUAGGAGAGGCAACAGAAGUAGAGGAAUGAUGCCUGCAGACAGUAAUUUAGAGAACAGGUUUGCUUUGUUGAAGUUUGAGUAGGUGAUGAAAUGGAUUUGAAAGAGUAGAGGGAAAGGAUAUUUAAUAGAAGCUAGUUUAGUAGGGGAGGAUAAACGAGGACAGAUUUGCAUACCGUUCUAUUUUUUACUACAUUCAUUUAUUUUGAGGGAACGCUUAACAUUUCUCUCGAUGCCUUUUACUAACACAAUUAGGCUGAAGAUGUAACUAGCCAUAUUUUGUCUGAGAUCAUCUUUUAGUGUAGGCUAGCUUGAUUUCAGGCAACAGGAAUGUUUUAUCAUGACAGCUAUCAUUAUGAACUUGCUUGUAUUGGCACUGAAACUAUUUUGCUGCUACAUCAUGAAAAUUGUCAAUGAAAUUGUUUAUACUAUUUAAUUGAAUAAAAUUUUGUUGAUUUUGUAUAUUAUAUACAAAGCAAUAAUUUUAAUGUAAUGUUUUAUAAUGCCUGUUUUGCUAAGUGUUCAUAGGAUAUACCAUAUAUCAUCUUAAUUAUUUCAAAGCUGAUUGUUCGCUAUUGAGAAUAUGGGCAACAUAUGAGUGUGUAUCUCAUGUCAUUCUGUUUAAAAAAUAAACAGCGCAGAUGUUUUAUGUACAUCAAUAACCUGCAAUAGAUUAAAUUACAUGUGGAAUUAGCUCAGACUGAAAUAAAGAGCUGAAAAUAGAAGUGCAAUGUUAUUAGAAUGUGCUCUUGUGCUUUGGGGGAUGUAAAAUAAGGCAUAGUCUUACUGGAGAUUACCUUUAGUGCAAUAUCUCUUGGCAAAGGUGGAAGUUUUUGGCCGCUUAAUAAAUUCCACCCUAUAGGAGGUUUUGUCUUGAUGUAAAUCAUUAGUGGGAAUAACGAUGUUUAGCACUCCUUAAAUGUCUCUUGGCAAAUUGGAUUACUGUUAUUCUUAAAAUGUCUUUUUUGAAUUGUCUAAACUGGAUGAAGUCAUUAAUAAAAUUUGCUAAUGAAUGUACAAAGCACAAGUUUAUCAACACUGCACCUCUAUCAUAUUAAUUAUUUUACUGAUUUUACAAGACAAAAUGAUCCAAGCACAUAAUAUACAUCUUAAAAAUUUUUUAUGGUUGCUUAACGUUAUCAGCCUUCUAACCUAGAUGGUUUAUUGUUCUCUUUAUGUGCCAAAUGUUUUAAAGUGUUGCACAUUGUAACUGAUUUCAUACUGCCCUGCUGUAUUAAAAUACAAAUAAAAAGCAUGU